AUGGUAAAUCAUAAUUAGAAGCUGUGGUUCCCUAAAGGUCAUUUCAGAGGAAACAAGGUUUUAUUAACCGCUGAACUUAGCGGAUUUGGAGUAGAAGUCCCAGAAUUCAGCUUAAAAGACUUAAAAUCUAAAGAAUUCCUGGCAAAGUCACCAUUCAAGGCAGUUCCUGUUCUUGAAAUCGAUAGCGCGACUUAUUUAACAGACUCUAACGCCAUCAUGAUUUAUAUUUGCCAGACCACCCAAUCUGCCUUAUAUUCAGGCUCCCCAGAAAUUUUGGCAGAGAUCGAUUCAUGGCUAGAAAUCAUUCAAACCCAAAUUGAGCCAGCCUUGUGCAACUGGGUUUACCCUUAUUUUGGAUUGGCACCUAUCGAUCAACAACUUAUCGAUAAAUCAGCUAGAGAAGCAACCAAACACUUAAAAGCCAUCGAUAAGCUGCUUAAGCGACACAAGUAUCUUUGUGGUGACGAACUUAGCAUUGCUGAUAUAUCUCUAGUUUCUGCCCUUGUUUACCCAUUUAGAGCAGUAAUCGAUGAAAACCAACGCAAAAGCAUCAAAUCUGUGGUAGAAUUGUUUACAAAAGUUUCUGAGCUCCCACACUUUAAAGCAGUUUGGGGGAACGCCAAGCUCUGUAAGACUCAGCUUCAACUGCAAGAAGCUAAAGCAAAGAAACCUCAAGCUGAAAAGAAAAAGCAAGAGCCAAAGAAAGAAGCACAACCAAAGAAGGAAGCACAGCCAAAGCCAAAGGCUGAAGCAAAACCGAAAGCAGAACAAAAGCCAAAGGAAGAAAAGAAAAAGGAGGAGGUUAAAAAGGAAGUCAUUGACGAAGAAAGUGAGCCAAAACCAAAAGCAAAGAACCCUCUAGAUCUUCUUCCAGAUUCUCCUUUUAUACUCGAUUCAUUCAAGAAACUAUACUCCAACACAAAGGAUAGAAGAAGUGUGAUGGAAGAAUUUUGGCGUACUUAUGACAAAAAUGGUUGGAGUCUUUGGUGGCUACGAUAUCAGAAGCUAGAAGGAGAAUGCGAAAAAAUUUACAUCACUUGCAACACUGUUGACGGAUUUUUGCAGAGAAUGGAAGCUUUGCGCAGAUAUUGUUUCGGAACUUUCGGAGUCUAUGGAGAUGAGCCGAACUUAGAAGUCAUGGGCGUGUUUAUGUGGAGAGGUAAAGGAAUCCCACAAGAAGUAAAAAUUAUUUAGAUGAUUGAUCACCCAAGCUUUGAGUAUCAUGACAGGCUUGAAUUGGACCCUGAAAAUCCUGAACACAGACAAAGAGUGGAAGAUUUCUGGUGUAACCUGUAAGAUUUAUGUAGAACUGAAGAUUUGAAAGUUGAUGGUUUAACACCUAGAGAAGUCAGAGCUUUUAAAUAA